UUCGCAGGGAGAGGAGAGGAAGGGAGAGGCGGGGAGAGGCAGGUAGAGGAGGCGAGACAGCUAGACAGGGGCGGCAUAACACUCUGAACCGUCUAGCGUGAGGGACCUACGCUCUGUUCUGGCUACACUGCAUCUCGGAUUUCUUUGAGCCAGCCAGCCAGCCAACCAACCAACACACACACACACACACACACACACACACACACACACACACACACACACUCUCAGCAUGGCACCUCACAUCCGCAUAGAGAGCCCGGCCGUUCGCUAUACCCAGGAGUCGAUCGAGGCGGACUACCACUACGACAACACGAAGGUCUGGCGGGACAGCAAGGGGACGCUCGUGGCCACGCCCACCUCCACCACCUACACCUUCAGGACGCAGAGGAAGGUCCCUCGCGUGGGGCUGAUGCUGGUUGGGCUCGGCGGUAACAACGGGUCCACGGUCACUGCCGCAGUCCUCGCCAACAGACACAAGCUCUCCUGGCGCACCAAGAAUGGCACCCAGCACGCCAACUACUACGGCUCCAUCACGCAGGCCAGCACGGUCUGUCUGGGCAUGGGGCAGGAUGGCCAGGAGGUCUACGUGCCCAUGAAGGACCUGCUGCCCAUGGUAGACCCCGACGACCUGGUGAUUGACGGCUGGGACAUCUCUUCCUUGGACUUAUGCGAGGCGAUGCAACGCGCGAAGGUGCUAGACUACGAGCUCCAGGUGCAACUCGAGUCCCACAUGCGAGCCAUCAAACCGAGGCCUUCAAUCUACAUCCCGGAGUUCAUCGCGGCUAACCAGGCGGACCGGGCUGAUAACGUCUUGGAGGGCACGAAACAGCAGCAGAUGGAGAAGAUCCGAGCGGACAUCCGGGACUUCAAGCAGACCAGUAACGUGGAUAAGGUCAUUAUACUGUGGACGGCCAACACGGAGCGGUACAGCGAGGUCAUCCCUGAGGUCAACGGGUCGAUGGAUGCGCUUCUGGCCAGUAUCAAGAGGAAUGAGUCUGAGAUUUCGCCCUCGACGCUCUUCGCUGUUGCUAGCAUUCUGGAAGGGGUAACCUACAUCAACGGGUCGCCCCAGAACACCUUCGUACCGGGAGUCAUCGAGUUGGCGGAGAAGAAAAACGUGUUCAUUGCCGGAGACGACUUCAAGAGCGGACAAACCAAGCUCAAGUCGGUGCUGGUGGAUUUCCUGGUGGGCGCGGGGAUCAAGCCGAGGUCCAUCGUGAGUUACAACCACCUCGGGAACAAUGAUGGGAAGAACUUGGACGCCCCGCAGACUUUCAGAUCGAAGGAGAUAUCCAAAAGCGGCGUGGUGGAGGACGUGGUACUAUCGAACGACCUUCUCUACGCUGAAGGAGAAAAGCCAGACCACUGCGUCGUUAUCAAAUAUGUCCCACACGUCGGAGAUAGCAAGCGAGCCAUGGAUGAAUAUACCUCAGAGAUCAUGAUGGGCGGAUCAAACACCUUGGUCAUCCAUAACACCUGUGAGGACUCCCUGCUGGCCUGCCCCCUCAUCCUCGACCUGGUCAUACUGGCGGAGCUGUGCGAGAGGAUUGAGUACAAGGUUGAGAGCGAGGAGUUUCAGAGCUUCCAUUCCGUGCUGUCAAUCCUUAGCUAUCUCUGUAAGGCACCUCUCGUUCCACCUGGCACUCCUGUGAUCAACUCCCUCUUCAGACAACGAUCCUGCAUUGAGAAUAUCCUGAGGGCGUGUGUAGGACUCCCGCCGGCCAAUCAUAUGCUGCUGGAGUAUAAGAGUAAGAAGCUGGAGGAGAGGGCAAGGCAGGUCAAGAAGAGGUCAGCUGAUGUGGCGAUGAAUGGAAGUAAGACCCACAUGAAAUCCCCGCCCUCACGAAUUCGCCGGCUGUCAGAUGAGAUUGAUAAGUGAUUGAUGGUUGAAGGAGGAAGAGGAGGAGGAGGAAAUGGAGAUUGAGAUGAGGAUGAGGAAGAGGAAAAGUAGAAGUUGAUGAAGAAAAGGAAGAAGUUGAAUGAGUAGAGGAGAGAGUGGAAUGGAAGUUGAAAUAGAAAAUGACGGAAGGGACAGAGAUGAAGAAAUGAAAAGGAAGGAAGAGAAAAAUGGAGAAAAAAAAGAUGAACAGGAGAAAAAAAAUAAAUGAGAGAAGAAAAGAAGAAGAAAACCGAAGAAUAAAGGAAAGGAGGAGAAAAAAAAGGAAGAAGAGGAAGAUAAAAAGGAAGAAAAAGAAGAGAAAAUAAGAGGAAGAAAAAGAAGAAAGACGAAGAUUAGAAGAAGAGAAAAAAGACAACAUACAACGAAGAAGAAAAGGAAGAAGAAAAAGAAGAAAAAAAUAUUAUUGUUGUUGUUUUUGUUAUUAUUAGAGAAAGAAGUGUAGGAGAGAGAGAGAGAGAGAAAGAGAAGGAGAGAAAAUAACACGUGUCUGUCUACCAUAUCGAGAGAGAGAGAGAGAGAGAGAGAGAGAGAGAGAGAGAGAGAGAGAGAGAGAGAGAGAGAGAGAGAGUAACAGGUCAAGAGGAUGAACAUAGCUAAGAGGAUUGUAACCAUCUCCUCUUCCUCCUCCUCUUCCUCUUCCUCUUCUUCCUCCUCCUCUUAUAUAACAAUUCUUCUUCCUCUUCUUCUUCUUUUCUUCCCAUAUCUCUAUAUCUUCUUCCUUCCUCUUCCUCCUCUUUAUUUUGAUCCUCCCUUCUUCUUCCUCCUCCUCCUCUUCCUUCCUCUUCUUCUCUUCCCACACUUCCAUUUUCUUUUCUUCCUCUUUCUUCUUCUUCCUCUUGUCUUCCUCUUCAUCUUCUUGUCUUAUUACACUUUCUUCGUACCUUCUUCUUCUUCUUCUUCUUCUUCUUCUUCUUCUUCUUCUUCUCCUCUUCCUCCUCCUCCUCCUCUUGAUCCUCUUCUUGUACUUCAAAACGACAAUCAGAAAAACACACAAACGAGAGAGAGAGAGAGAGAGAGAGAGAGAGAGAGAGAGAGAGAGAGAGAGAGAGAGAGAGAGAGAGAAAAAGGUAUCGACCAACUAGUGACGUCAUCAACACCUGAGCGCCUCGACCAAUCAGCAUCGACUUUGGCGUGCGUGAAGGUAGCCAGCCAGUCUGUCAGCCAAUCAUCUCUCACCAUUUCCCACCGAUAGUAUUAAAGGUCAAAUUCAGCCUCUAUUACCCUGUAUUGUGAACCCUAUAGCCACGGGAAGGUUAAAAAGACAUUUUAUCAAGGUUGUGUUAUGUUAUGUGUUAAAAAACGUAAUAAAUUUGAUGCAGAAAUGAA